CCCAAAGCGUAAACAUACCUAAACGAGUUCAGUGGAGAAACAGAAAAUAUUCAACGUGAAAUGGAUAGCAUAUUAAAUUUCACAGACAAAGUUGUCAUUGUGACCGGUGCCAGUUCAGGAAUCGGAGCAGAGGCUGCAAGAAUUUUCGCUAAAUAUGGAGCCAAAUUAACUUUAGUCGGAAGGAAUGAGCAGCGACUAGGAGCAGUUGCUCAGGAAUGCAAAGAGAAAAACGGUAUGAGACCGCUUAAAAUACUAGUAGAUUUAGUGCAUCCAGGAAGUUGCGAAACUGUGAUACAUAAAACUGUAGAAAAGUACGGCAAAGUUGAUGUUCUCGUGAACUGCGCUGGAAGUUUUUCCUUGUCAUCGGUUUUUGACGAGACGAUCAAUACUUUUGACGACAUUAUGGCUUUGAGUUUGAGAGUGCCGUUUCGUCUAUCACAGCUGGCGGUCCCCUAUCUGGUGAAAACGAAAGGAAACAUAAUCAACAUGUCAUUUUCAAUGACGAACAAAUACAGACCAGGACUAUUGGUAGCCAACAUGGCAUCGGCUGCUAUGGAAAAAUUCUCGAUACAAGCAGCAGCAGAAUUAGCAACAGAAGGAGUUAGAGUUAAUAUUGUGAGCCCAGGAGUGACAAGGACAAAUAUGUUGUCAAGUUUGGAUAUCAACGAUCCGAUAUUGACACAAGAUACAUAUGAUUUUGUGUCGAAUUUUUUACCUUGUGGGCAGGUUUUGGAGCCAAAAGAAGUGGCUCUUUACAUAUGUGUGGUGGCCAGUGGAGCAUUUAAGAACAUGACUGGUGCGAAUCUUGUGCUAGACGGUGCUGCGUCAUUAGCUUGAAAGACAUCCAAUGAUUAGAUUGAAGUGAAUUUUAUACUGUGGUUUGUUUGAGUGAUUGAUUUGCAUGAUAAUUAGUGCUUAUAAUAUGCAUAUGUGAAAGUAUAAAGCCAUCUCUUUUUUAUUGCUGGCAUUCCACAUGACUGUUCGUAUUUGUAAUUUGUAACUUAGCAGUCUCGCCUUUUCAUUCCAUAUACAGUAUGAUAAGGACAACCUGCUGUCAAAAUGAUAAAUAGCUUAUAUAGAUACCAUAUAAAGCCUACCCUACCCCGUACAGCCCACGAUUAUCUAACUCAGCAACAGAAACACAACACUACCACCAUAAGGAAGUGUUAUUAUUUCACUAUGGUCUACUAAAAAUAGAAGUAACUUCUUCAAACAGGCGCUCAAAUCGAGGGAAAAAUUAGAUAUGAUGUGCCUACCUUCAAUUGAUCUAUUGUAUACUAACAGUUCUAUCAGGAAUGUCUCUUUCCUUAAAUGUGCUAUUCACGAAAAAAUAAAUCUAUUUUAAGACAUCACUUUUUAUCGGAACGUAAUUGCUAGAUUCUCGUUAUCAUACGAGCACCAGGUGAGGUUAAUAUCUACUUAUAUACCACAUUGUGAUAAUAUAAUAUGAGAUAGAAGUAGCUAAAUAAAAAAGGAUUAAUCGGUAACACUUUUUAAGGAAAUCUGAGCGAGCGGGUCCAACAAAAUGAGCAAUAAUUUCAAAAUAGUCUGCAUCAUACAGUGAUUGGUUUUAAAACUUUAUUUUCGCUUCGAGCGAAAUUUCGAUAUCGUGGCAAAGCGAAUGUCAGUUAAUUUUCAAGCGUGAAAGAAAUAUCGUCUAUAUUUUCGUAUCGCUCACUUUGCCAACGGUAAUCCUAUUAUAGAAGGCAUCGUAUCAAAUUAUGAACUUUGCAAAAACUGAACAUGAAAACACGAUUUAUAAUGCGAAAUUUAAAACUUAUAAUAAUGAUAGAUUGACGUUUAUUAAGAUUACAAAAAAUAACAAAGAGUAAAAACAACAAACAAAACUUAUCCACAAAAUUUUCACCUCGUGUUUUGGAGCAAAACAAGAUUCUCAUCAAAAUGACUUAUAAAAAACAUGACUGUGCAUAACACGUUUUUACCGCGUUUAAACGUAAAUUAAAAUAAACGGUGAGUGUCGCCCCGCCCCCAUGACGUCACGGUAAGCUUCUUUAGGAAUUAGUGUAAACACUCUAUUUGUCUUCAUGUUUUUGGGGUAAUGAUAUAACCGGGCGGGUACGUAAGCCACAGUUGGAGCAGUAAUCAGUAAAACAUGAUAAAUUUUAAAUCAUCCAUACUACUAAUAUUAUUAUGUCUGUUUAUCUGUCUGUCUGUUACCUCUACAAACUUAAAUAACUUAACCGAUUUAGAUGAAAUUUGGCAUAGAGGUGUUAGAGUCCCGGGAAAUUUUUAAUCCCAAAAAUCAUCUUUUAUAGGGGUGAAUAGGGGGAGGGGGGUACAAGUUUGUAUGGCAAAUCAAUUUUUGACCAAGUGCCUAGUUUAUGCAGAUGAGUUACUGAGUUAAACUGUCUCUAUUACAACUCUAUGAUUUAUUAAAGCGCCGACGGGGUUGUCAUCCGUCUUGUUUGGGUCGCUCCCCGAGUUUUUAUAGGCGCAUGCGUUAAACCUUGUUAUUACUUGUUAGACUUAAGCUAGCGGUGAUAAUCUGUGUUGGUUUUAAUAAACCUUUUUGCAUAAGACUUCGGACGGUGUCAUAUUAUUUAUGCAAACCGUGAAAACAGUUUUUAGUAAAUUUAUAUAUUUAAAUUAUUCGUCCUGUCAGCUUCACAUUAAGGCUAUUAUUUUAACUGUUUGUAAAUUUGAUAACAGUCUCUAAUUUUCAUUGCCUAUAGACUUUGGAUACGGAGAACAUGCUGUGAAAAUUCCUGGGAGAGAAUGCUAUUAGCAUUAAGUCCGCCUUUUGUGCCAUUCCCUUGUCUUUUGGUCAAUAAAGUUUAAAAUAAAUAAAAUGACGAAUAGUCAUGUGAAGGGCUCUAGCAUUAUGUAAAGCUAAAUUUACCGCGAUGUAAUAUAAUAUUAAGUUAAGCUUCUCACGCUAGUAUUUCAUGCGAGUAGAACUCAAAAACCGUGCAAUAAUGCCGUAAGUAUACCUAAGGUUUAAACCACAAAAUAAAAAUCCAGUAAGUACUUCUUUGUUUUGUUUUAGUAAAAAAAACUCUGAGAGUGGAUUUCACCUGAGACCUCCACAAAGCUGGGACGUGAAUAUUUUAAGAUGCGCUUGAAACAAGCUUCCGUCAUCGCUUACCUGAAACAACGUCAUAAAUCACCGUUAGAAACAUUUCUUCAUCAGUUCACUACAAACCAGAGUACAUAAUCAAUACGCAGACAGUUUCUAAGCGUUUCUGCGUCACAAGUUUAGAGAAUUUUUACAAGUAUAACAAUUGAAUGCAGAUGAAAAAAUCUAUGACCGUCUGUCCCUGUCUAACAGACCGCGACCCAAAAGCAACAUAAAUAACCCGUGAAAACUUAUAACCGGGGCUACCAGAUCGUACAAUUUUAUACAGUAUCAGUAUAGUCGGAGGAGCUCGAUGGUGCAGGUGGUUAGCGCGUUCCACUGCGAUCGUUGAAGUUAAGCAACUUUCGCAGUGGAUGUGGAUGGGUGACCAAAAAUCUUCUAUCUCUCUCUCUCUCUUAAGCCGUUGGUCCCGGCAGCAUCUGCAAUCGAUAGCACCCGCCAAUCCGCACUGGGCCCGCGUGUUGGGUCAUGGCCCAAUCUUCCAUCCAUAGGGAAGGCCUGUGCCCCAGCAGUGGGGACAUUAAUAGUCUGAUGACGAUAGUCUGACUAUUUUUUAGAUAUAUUAUGUACAUAGUUAUAUACAUAAUAGAUCUAAAAAAAUAGUCAUUCAGUAUAAUUGGAUACAAGAAAUAACGACAUAUUUAUUUCUGACAGGUAGUAUUUGAAUCGCUCUCCCCUCAAUAUAAAUCAAGUUGGUAAUAUACCCUAAUUACAAAUCAAUUUGACAAUGUGAAACGAAGAUGGUGAUAUGUUUCCUAACAUUAUUUGCACCAAUAUCAUCAUCAUCAUCAUCAUCAUAAAGGUUGUCUGGAAGAGAUCGCUCUAAGCGAUAAGGUCGCCCAUUGUUACACUAGUUUUUUAAUUGGUUAUGUACUAAAUUUAAUGUUAUAUGUGGUGUACAAUAAAGUGUUUUGUAUUGUAUUGUAUCAUCAUCAGCCUAUUGAUGUCCCCACUACUGGGGCAAAUGCAUGCUAUCCUAAAUUCACCUAUAUAGUUGAUGAAUAAAUAAUCGAAUAGAAGAAUAAUCAAAACCAAUUUUGAUUUUUUAUAAAUACAGGUGUAUACCUUGUUUUAAGGUCGACAAGAAAUAUAUUUCGCUGUGUUCGUUCGUCCAUAAAUCCGCAGGUAUGGACAUCUAAAUCACGCCGACAAAGUGAUCAAAUAAAAUCUUGAAAAACAAAAGAUAUGUUUAUUUUAUGCUGGAAGGUGUUCGAAUUUAUAAUUGCAGACACAAGACAGUAUAAUAAAGAUUAAUAUACUGCCAGCUCUGAACAGAACAAUGUCGUUACUCCGUCCUACUAGCGACAGAAAAGUCGUAAACUAUAGUUCCUUUCUGUUAAUUGAAUGAAAAUAAUAUUGCUAAAAUAAAUAAGGGCAACAACUGUUCAAAUAAGUAAAGCGCAGAAAAUUGCUUCUUAAACGCGAUAAUGAAGUCGAUACCACUCAACGAUAAGAUUAACAAACAACCAAACUAGAAAAAAAGAUUAGUUAAAAUUAUUUUCGUCAAUGUUACAUUUAUAGCCCGCUGCGAACUUUGAUUUAGGUAAUAUCCAGUUAUUUAAAUUGUAAUGAAUUUAAUUAUGUUGGACGUCUUAUGAAUAUUCCAGUAGAUAUGUAAAUAAGUCUGCUUGUUUAAAUAAAGGAAAGCGCUUGACGUCGUUGGCUCUCUUUCUUUCGCAUAGAACCAUCAUAUCUUAGAGUGAGAGAGACUUUGCCGUUUUGUCGUCAGCUUAUUCAUACCUUUUAGUGAUUGAAAUUGAAUUCGGGUUCUUUGUCUUCCUCAUUGCUCAUUCUUUAGGUUGUACUCAAAGACACCAAUUUUUAAUUGGUCAUUGGACAUCUAAAUUAACAUUUAAAUAACAUCUAAACAACAACAAUGUAAACUUAUAUAAAAUGAUCAUAUCAUUAACGAGACAUUUGUAAUAACUAGACGAAUGUUGACAAGCAUUCCGGAUCAGUUAAUUUGGCAGCAAUAAAAUAUCACUGAUAAAUAGAACUCGCAUUGUUCACCGCUUGGCAACGGCCAUUUUGACAUUUGACUUUAAUUAACCACCAUUAUUUGUCUCUUUCACUGGAUUGAACUAAAGCGAAAACAAAACAGAAAACUUUAGCAGCGAAUAAAAGUCUAUCAAUUAACAGCCAAAUUGAUAUAGGAUAUGAUGGGAAUGCAGAAACAAUAAGACACCAUCCUCACCGGGCCAGUGCGGGCUCGUUUCUGUACACACUCGGUACAGAUUUUUUUACAGUGUGCAUGUAGUAAAAUGAGAGCUUUUUCAUUGAGUUGUUUCGGUACCGAUUCUUUCCCGAGCGGAUCCACAGCUCUCUGUAUCGAGUCCUAACAAGUGCGCACCGAACUAUUUGACUCACCCGUCCUGCGACUUCCGCAAACAAAACGAAACGAUGUCGCACCGAAACCUAGCCGGUCAAGAAUUGGUUCUCGGUAAAGAAUCUGUACAGACAUCGGUACAGAAACAAAAACAAAAAGGAAGGCGCCUUAAAAAGGUGCCAAGAAAGAAAGUUGGCAUCGAUGACCAUCAUGAAAAUAGAACUGAAGUAGACAAUAGUUCUCUAGCAUUCUAACAAUAAGCGCUGAAGUCUGACAUGUGUUACAAGGCGUAACGAGUGAUAGGAAAGCAGCACAGCCGAUGGUCGCUCGUGAUUAAUUUAUGCGGAGUAAUAAACGUUCGAAUCGGCCGAGUCAAUUGUGCUUUAUAGAGAACGCUUUGAUGUUCUAUGAAUAAAUCUUUCAAAAAGCGUAGAUACUAAAUGACUGGCUCGAAAUCGUUUCGUCUCUUAUUGAUAACGGUAGCAUUCGUUUCUUAGUAAUAUUAAGUUGUAGAUUCCUUCAUUCCUAGAAAGUACUGUAACGCCCGUAGAGUUACGGCCUCCUUGCUAGUAUAAACUCUUUGCUUAUGUUAUGUCUGGCAGUAGUAUUAAAAGUAAAUGUCAUUAUUUUAAAGAUUCAAAUAUGAGUGCAUUCUGUCUCAUAUCGAAUAUUCUAGAGAG